ACUCUUUAUUUUAGAUCUCCCCACAAUUAACUGUAUGAGCAUUGAGCACCAGCUGACACCCAGAGAGGAUUUGCUGCAGCUGGUCUCCCUCCAGAAGGCGUCUGGCUGCUGGGUGCUGGAUCCAGCUCUGGCUGCUGCACUGGGAAACACCAGCAAGGAGGUUGAGAACACAAAACCUUCAGCAGUGAAACAUGGAGUGUGGGCCACCAUUCUGGCUCUGAUCUGGCUCCAUGGUUUCAAGAUGGAUGCUCAGGAAGAGUGGGAGCUUCUGGCUAUGAAGGCUGUGUCAUGGCUCCGUGCCCAGAAUGCUUUAUGUGUGACAGAGUGUGUGGAAGCUGGAAAUGCUCUGCUGGGUUGCAGCAUGCAGAAAGACGCCCUGGGACUCUGAGGUUUUCAUUAAAGUGCACAGAAGCAGAUUUACCCCAACCUACAACUUUACCUGUAUUUUGUCAACAUUGCACUUUACUCUUUGCACUAUUUACAUUUUUUGUUGCCCAACUCCAUAGAGAUGUACCAACAUGGAAAAAGGUUUUGUACCUCAUUAUU